AUGUUUUCUACAAUUUUAAGUUUCUCCCUCAUCAUCAUUUCCGUAUCAUGCCAAUCCCGUGGCAUCCCAUCAAUUUGUCGUGGCGGUUCUGAUCGAGGACUUUGCGAUGCCAAUAUCAAUCGUUUCUUCUACGACGAACCAUCGAACACUUGUCAACCCUUUUAUUGGUCCGGUUGCGGCGGAAAUAACAACAACUUCGUCUUGCAAGGAGAUUGCGAACGUCAAUGUGUCCAAAAACCCAAACUCCGUCCUCGAGAUCAUCCAAAACUGAAACGUUGUUAUCUCAAACCAGAUGAAGGACCUGGUCGAGCAAAUUUCAAAAGGUAUUAUUACGAUCCAGCAACUCGAAGAUGCCAAGAAUUCUAUUAUGGCGGCCGCAAUGGGAAUGAUAAUCGGUUCGACACUUUCGAGGAAUGUCAUGAAAAAUGCACCAUUGCAAUCAACCGUUAUCGAAAAUUGGUGCCAACAGUUAAAAAUUGA